AUGAGUCGUCCUUUAUUCCUUCAUAUUUUGGAUGCUAUACAAAGACAUGACAAUUACUUCAUCCAGCGAAGGGAUGGAAUGGGUAAACUCGGGUUAUCAGGUUUGCAAAAAGUAACAGCUGGAUUUCGAAUGUUGGCGUAUGGUGUACCAGCAGAUGCUACCGAUGAAUACAUCAAAAUAGGAGAAUCUACAACUAUAGAAAGCUUGAAGCGAUUUUGUCGUGCUGUUGUCGAGGUGUUUGGAGCCCGCUAUCUCCGAUCACCUAACGCUAAUGAUGUUGCAAGACUACUCCACAUUGGUGAACGUCGAGGUUUUCCAGGAAUGUUGGGAAGUUUAGAUUGUAUGCAUUGGAAAUGGAAAAAUUGCCCAACUGCUUGGGGAGGACAAUAUGCCGGUCGUAGUGGGUCCCCAACUAUUAUUCUUGAAGCUGUAACUGGCUAUGAUCUCUGGAUAUGGCAUGCAUAUUUUGGUUUACCGGGAUCUAAUAAUGACAUUAAUGUGCUGGAGGCAUCCCAUCUUUUUGCUAAUCUUGCUGAAGGUAUUGCUCCACCUGCUAAUUAUGUUAUUAAAGGAAAAUAG